UUGUGUUUGUUUUCAUACCUCUCACAUUUGAAAAAUGGAAAUAGUGAAAAAGUUAGCAUAUGUAAGACCAGUAGUUAUAUUCAGCAAGAGUUCAUGUUGCAUGUGUGCCGCUGUUAAGAAACUCUUCUCUGAGAUCGGUGCUAAUAAACCCUUCUUUGACGUCCGUGUAAAUUUAAUCGUCUAUGAGCUCGACGAAUUUGAGGAAGGGCGAGAGAUGGAAAAUGUUCUAGCUAAUUUCGGCAACGAGAUUCCCACCAUCUUCCUCACCGGAAAAAUAAAUCCCUUCAGUGCUAAUCAAGUCAUGACACUUAGUGCUCAAGGUAUAUUAGAGCCAAUGGUAAUAAACGCCAGUGCUCAAUGGGUUCGAGAUCAAAAGAAAUGCCGUUCUGCUUUAUAUAUGUAUGAGAUGCAGACGUAAAGGGUUGAGAUAUUUAUUUAGUAGUGUGAAAUGAGAGGAAGAGGGGAAAAAAAAAAAGGAGGGAAACAGGGAAGAAUACCGUAUAUAUGCAUGUUGUUCUCUGUAUUCCUUCCAAAUUUU